GACGAUAAGAUUAAGUUUGCCUCGAUGAACUUGAUCGAUGAACUCGUGGAUGUAGAUGAGUUUACAAUUGUUAUCGAUAUAUUUGAAGCAUAAUCGAAAUCUAUAGCGAGUUGAUUUUAACGGAAACGUAGCGAGUUUCACGUAUUACGUGUACAAUUUUAUUUUGUAUGUACGUAAUAAAUUCGUCGUGAUGUGGACAGCGAUAAAAUUUAGAUAACCCAGCGUUGUUGAACAUCAUGUAAUGGAGAAAGAAUACUAAAAAGGAACAAGGGGGUGACGUAGUUGGGAGAAAUAAACACAAAGUGGUCGUAAGGUGUUAGAAUCAUCAAACUUCUAAGUUUGACACACCAAUGGCCUAUCAAACAUUUCGGCAGGAGUACCUGCAAAUGCCUGUGGUAACACGAGCUUAUACUACAGCUUGUGUCAUCACUACUCUUGCCGUGCAAUUAGAUUUAGUUUCGCCGUUUCAACUCUACUUCAAUCCUAUUUUAAUAAUAAAACAAUAUCAGUUAUGGCGUUUAAUAACAACAUUUUUAUUCUUUGGGAAUGUUGGCUUCAAUUUUUUCUUCAAUAUGAUAUUUACCUACCGAUAUUGUCGAAUGUUAGAAGAAGGAUCUUUUCGAAGAAGGACAGCUGACUUUGUAAUGAUGUUUAUUUUUGGGGCAAUAUGUAUGAUUACAUUUGGGUUUUUUGUUAACUUACUGUUUUUGGGUCAUGCAUUUACAAUCAUGUUGGUCUAUGUAUGGUCGAGACGUAAUCCAUUUGUUAGAAUGAAUUUUUUUGGACUUCUAAACUUUCAGGCGCCAUAUCUGCCUUGGGUACUUCUCGGAUUUUCUGUACUCCUAGGUAAUGCUAUUUGGGUAGAUCUUGUUGGGAUGGCUGUAGGGCAUACGUACUAUUUUGCUGAAGAUGUAUUUCCACAAAUAAGGGGAGGUUUUCGUAUUCUUAAAACUCCACAAAUAUUAAAAACGUUGUUUGACGCACAUCCAGAAGAUCCAGAUUACACUCCGCCACCUGAAGAUCGACCAGGUGGUUUCAAUUGGGGUCAAGGAGAUAUGUUAUAAUUCUUUUUCAUCUCCCUAUUUCCAUGAGCCAUCCAUUGUUAAUUGAUAAUUUAUCAAGUAAAUCAAUGAAUUUCUCUGUA